GCAACUGUUUUCUGUAAAACAGCUCUUUCUGUUAUCCAGAUGAGUCAGUAUGUCAACUGUCAACAAUGAAGUGAUUAAAAAAGUAUCAUGGAGACUAUCAGAGCCAGCAGAAAGUGCUCGUUACUACGAUUCUAGCAAGGAGACCUUUGUACCUAUCCCAGCUGAAGACUACACCCAGAUAGUGAUAGACGGGGAGAUAACGCUGAAAGUGCCAGUCUCGUAUGACUGCGAUAUUAUGCAUACAAUUACAAUUACACCAAACACCGCAAAUGGGAUAACCUUGCUGCAUCUUCUGCAGCAAAUUUAUUGUUUCUAUAGCAACAAACCUGUUUCAAAAGAAGAACUUUUGACAUACCCUGAUGAAGGUUUUACGGGAGAUUUUAAGAAAGAGACAUUAAAGAAACAAGAAGCAGGUCAUACGGUUUAUUACAGUGAUCUGAUGAGAGACCGGGAAUACUUUGAUGGUAUCCAUGACGAUGUACUUCUAUUGAUUUCUUAGAAAUGCCACUUGUCUUCAUCAUAUGCCUCACCUAGAUAUAUUAUAUUUUUAGUUGAGUAUCAUAUUCACUCUAUUAGAAGCACACAACAACUAAACAUGUA